UGGCGGCGUCCAUGACCAAACGAUGUGAACUGGGAAUAAAUCAUCUUUAUCGUCUUUUAUCUUUACGAAAUAUCCACGUGCAAUCGCCAUUGUUUGUAUCCUGGCCAUUUUCAGACAAAACUGACAAAAAUGAAGAAGAAUUUCCGUCAGAAGAAGCUUUUGAUGUCGCCGACGAAAGAAAUGAAGUGUCAGAGGAAAUGAUUGACAAAAUGAGAAACGUAUCACGAUUACCUGAUGGUUUGAGGCGACGACUACCCCAUGUAAACAAGAUGACAGAUUCGAAUCAUCCAAACUUUGACCAACUUUGGUUUAAGAGGAAACUGUAUGCGAAGUAUGGCCAAGAAUCGGGUGUUGAUGCUAGAAUUAUGUGGCCGACCAGAUCCGAACUAAGAGAGAGAGUUGAAGAAGAUGCAAUUUUAGAACCAUCUCUCCAAGAGAGAUUGCAAAAAGCUGAAGAAGACAAAAUUCAAAUUGAAAAUUAUCUGAAUCAAAGGCAAAAAAAUAUCAAAGCAAAUAUGGCAAAGAUGCCGAAAUGGAUAGAAGAAUAUAAAGCUAGAGAAAGUAAGAAAUUAGACACACAGAAAAAACAGCAAGAUAAGAAACAAAUACUUUUAGAACAGGCUCGUGAAUAUUUUGGUUAUGCUAUUGAUCCUAGAGACCAAAAGUUUAUUAGAAUGUUAGAAGAAAAGGAAGAAGAAGAAAAGAAAUUAUUAAAAAAGAAGAAAAAAGAGAAAAGAUUACAACUAAAAGAGAUGUAUAGUGUAACUGGAAAACAGUAAAAACAAAAUAUGCAUCGAUUAUAGUGUGUUGUGGACUGUUUAGCUUGUAUGAAAUAUCAAAAUAACUACCAUAUUUGAUUAGAUCAGAAAAGUUGAUUUACUUAUUGAAAGCGAUACAUUUAAAGUCUCCGGUUGUUAUUUGAGGGAUUAAGGAAUCCCUUUACAACAAUAUUGUGAAAGUUGUCUAGCGUUAAUAUUUUUGAUAUGGUUUUCUUGAUUUAUAAUGUUAGAAAUAAUCUAUUUCAGUACAUUUUAUCAUAGAUUCUACAUUGGAAAAUUUACUGUCUUUGUUUUGUAUUCAAUUUGGUAUUUAGACUCCCACUGUAGUGUAUGAGAUUCUUAAUAUGACAAAUUUGCUUUUCAAUGCUUUAAAACAUUGAGAUGGUGACAGAUUGACAUCUGCUGACUACUAGUAUUAAAUUAUAAAUACCCUUUAAAGCUUCUGUUUAAACACCACUCUAAAUUAAAGAAUGCUAUUCAUGACAUCACUGAUUGAACCCAAGAUGGCAGUUUUUUUGAAAGGAAAGAAACACAGCAAACAGUUAAAGUAGCUUGUCUUUGAAAUAGAUCAAUCACCACCUUUAAUGUAAAACCUAAAUUAAUUUUGACUCAAGAAAAUCUGAUAAGAAUGCAAAAACAGAUAAAAUUCAGUCAAAUGAUCACUAUGUUGACAUUGAUGAUGUUUAACAUGAACAUUGAUGAUGUUUUACAUGUAAAUUUAUGAUGAUGUUUAUAUGAACAUUGAUGAUGUUUACAUGGACAUUUAUGAUGAUGUUUAUAUGAAUAUUGAUGAUUUUUAUAUGAACAUUAAUGAUGUUUGCAUGGACAUUUAUGGUGAUGUUAACAUGACCAUUGAUGAUGUUUACAUGGACAUUUAUGGUGAUGUUAACAUGACCAUUGAUGAUGUUAACAUGACCAUUGAUGAUGUUUACAUGGACAUUUAUGGUGAUGUUUACAUGAACAUUGAUGAUGUUUACAUGGACAUUUAUGGUGAUGUUUACAUGAACAUUGAUGAUGUUUACAUGGACAUUUAUGGUGAUGUUUACAUGAACAUUGAUGAUGUUUACAUGGACAUUGAUGAUGGUUACAUGGACAUUGAUGAUGGUUACAUGAACUUUGAUUAUGUGUUUGCAUGAGCAUUGAUGAUGUCUACGUGAACAUUGAUGAUGUUUACAAAAGAACGUGUAAGACUACUGUGGAAUAUGAUUGUUGUAGAAACUGUGUAUAAAAGUAUAAUUUUUAUAAAA